GGGGGGUUUCAACUUGAAAAAUGAGAAUAGGGUGGGGGGGCCGUAACUUCCUCUCUUCUUCUUUUUUCCAUUCUCCAAACAUACCCCAAGUGACUUCCAUCCGAUCCAGUCGUGUUCAGUUUGAACUGCUCCAGUUCUCUAUUCUCCUCGAGUCGUCCAUAAAAAGCGCGGGACCUGUACACAUCAAAAACAAUCAUCAUGGAACAGAGUAAUGACUACGUGGACGAUCCGCUUGUCGCCUACAAGGCUGGCUUAGCAGCAGCUCUGAGUUGUUUACUCACGGCCGAAGAGGGGGAGGAAAACAGAAUCAGAGGAAGCGAUUCCGGUGCUGCCGCUGCUCCUGGUGUUGUCGAGUUGUUGGCUUCCACCCUGCGGCUGCAUCUGCGCAAACAGCAGGCUUCCAACGAGUACUACUACAUCCAGAAGCAAAUAACAUCUGCCCGGCUCGUGACCGUUAACAGUCGCGAUAAUGACGACCUGCAAACUACUUUGACUACUACCAACACAGCAGCAGCAGCAGCAAUUCAGACUGUGACUGAUGAUGAUGAGGACUCGAUCCGACGUCGCCAGUUGUUGAUGGAGUGCUUUCAGGGCGUCAAUCUUCACUAUUACUCGAGUUCCGUCCAUCAGACCAUCGCUCCGCCAUCGUCGCCCGAACCCAACACCAAUCAAGUCGGACCUAGUCUCUGAUUUGAAUUUCCCGCUUUUUUUUAAUUUGACUUUUUUUUUUAAAAUAACGUGUGCAAUUGAAAUGUUUGAUUUUUUUAUCAUGACGUGUCCAUCGAGUGUGUCCUAGUCGUCACCGCGCCAUCUUUGCCAUUUUCGAAAGAAAUAUCGAUCGACAAAGUCUCAUAUCAAUGACAAGCUAUCGCUUUCAGUAUUAUUAUUAAUUACGUAAUAUCAAAUGAAAUUGCCAAUUUUUUUUUAAACAAACAAUGUGGAAGGAGAAAAUAAACACGAAUGUUUUUAUUGUAUUGCCAGCUGGGAAAAAAAGAUUAGACACGUAAAUAUGAUUUUUAUUUUUUUCAAAAAUGACUAGAAAAGGCUGUUCGUUCACGUAUUUUGUCAGAGAUAAAAAGGGAAAAAAGUGCGUGAAAGAGGUUGAUAAAAAUCACGUUUCAUCUUCGAUUUGAAAAAAGCAAAAUUGCACUGGUCGUUGUGUGAGAUGAUGAUAAUAAUAAUAAUAAAGAAAUUGCCAUGGAUCGAAACUGGACGAAUGCCAGUCUGAAAGUCUAAACCCCUUCCGCGUCAUAGUAUAAAGAAAAGUUGCUCGGCGUGAUAUUGGGUUGUUCAAGGAAUCGCGUGAUUGGAUGACGGUCCGGGAUUGCUGCUGGAUGCGACGUGAACCCGACGGCUGUCCAGGUGUUGCUGCAGUUGUCGGAUAACUGGAUGGUCGGCUCCGAGUUUCUCGACUUCCAUCAGGUAGCGGAUAGCUUCAUUGCUGCAAUACUCGUAGCCGGCCAAAGUGGCAUCACCCACAUGAGCAAUUUCAUCAUCGUCGUCGUCGGACGAAUCCUCGUCUCCUCCGUCGGAAUCGUCGUCCGAAUGGCUGGGCGGUGGCUCGUGACUGCUGCAAUCGGAUUCCGGCGGCGACGGAGGACGAUGAAUCCGGCUAGUCGUCUCCUCGGAAACGAACGGACGCACAACAGCCACGGCUAAUGCCGGCCCCUGCUGGCCAUCUGGACCCGCCUGAUGAUGAGCUGUUCGGUGUAGUAGAGGGUUCAAGUCCAGUUCAUGGGC